AUGAGUUCAAAUUUACAAACAAUUUGUGUACUUAUAUACUAUAAUGGUAGAAAGGUUAUAGGUCGUCGUGGUGUAACAUUUGAAGGUGAAAAACGACCAAUGCGUAUUACACGCGGUACUACCUUUGAGCAGCUGAAAGCAAACAUUCAUCAGAAAUUGGGGUUCCAAGGGAAUCAACGUAUUUCUGAAGUCACCGUAAGAGCUCUUGCUGGCAAUCAUGAAUACACAGCAAUAUCAAUUACGGAUGAUGAUGAUGUUGAUAUUAUAUUAGACAUAUUUGUUGAACAAGCUGACACGAGUGCUGAUCAUACCAAUGCUAGAAAGUUUGUGGAGAUAUAUGUAGAAGUUGAAAAUACCGAUGAUUUGGCAAUACCGAUUCGGUCGCUUGAUCUGAAUAUAGCACCAGGCACUGAUGACAUAAACAGGAAUGCAUCACCAUCUGUACUUGCAGUAGCGCCCAACAAUAUGAUAUUUGAUGAUGAAGACAUUCCAAUAUAUGACCGUAAUGACGAGGACGAUGACGAAGAAGAAGAAGAUGAGGAUGCGUGCCUGGCAGCCGACAGUAAUGACGAUGAAUCAGGUGACAAUGUAACUCCCAAUGUAAACCCUAAUGUCACUCCGUUUUGGAAUGGCAUACCACAUUACUCAUAUAUUAAUUAUGAGUAUCCGAAUGAAGAUCGAGAAUACAACGAGAGAGAGUAUCAUGGUGCAUGGACCAUUGGGGAUGAGUUAUUUGUUAAACAAGAAUUUGAAUCUAAGGAAUCAGUGCAGAUGGCGGUCAAGUCAUACUUUAUGAAAAUUAAUAAGGAAGCAACUAUUGUUGAGAGCACGACUAGGAAGCUAGUAUUGAGAUGCAAGUGUCAUGAAGCGGGUUGUCCAUGGCGAAUGAGGGCAAUGAAACCAAAAAAUGGAAUAAUGUGGGUUGUGAGUAGAUGGGAGGGACCUCAUAAUUGUGUCACUUGCAAUCUGUCCCAAGAUCACAGACAACUUGAUUCCGCCUUCAUUGCUUUGACUAUAUUAGCAAAAAUGGUGAAGGAAGAACCUCAUGUAUCAAUCAGUUUGAUACAAGAAAGAAUCUGA